AUGCCAUCAGUAGAGAUUUCUGAUAUGGUUGAUGAGUCCAAAGGACAACAUCAGGUUGACAAUGCUAAUGGAUUAAUCGAAAAUUCCCCAAAUCCCCUCUCCCCCCUCGACUGUGAUGAGAAGCCUACCAAUGGGGCUGAUGAUUCAGUGACAGACGAGAACGACGACGAUAGCAGGAAACUGUUUGUCGGUGGUCUAAGCUGGGAAACAAAUGAAAAUGAUUUAAAGGAAUAUUUCUCUCGUUGGGGAAAAGUUACCCAGUGCAUCAUAAAACUGGACAGGUUCACAGGAAAUUCAAGAGGGUUUGGUUUUGUUACUUUGGAAAAUGAAGACUGUGUCUCAAAAGUUCUCAGUGUCCCUGAGCAUUGGUUAAAGAAUAAGAAAAUUGACCCUAAAAAAGCGAAACCUUCUCGAGAACCAUUAAAAAAGAUUUUUGUUGGUGGUAUUGAUCCAGAAGUAACGGAAGACCAAAUACGUGAAUACUUUAGCAGUUUUGGAAAGGUUGAGUCAUUAGACUUGCCUUAUGACACUCAAAAAGGGAAAAGGAAGCAUUAUAUAUUCGUUAGUUUUUCCACUGAAGCAGCUGCCAAAAAAGCUAUUUCAAAGGAGCGUCAAGAUAUUUUCGGUCGACAGUGUGAUGUUAGGGUUGCUGUCACACGAGAUCAAGCUAACAGACAAAAAGCUCUGAAACAAUGGUAUAACUGGUUGGACCCCAGCUUCUCUUACCCAGGAUAUGCCUAUGGUGACUACGCAAACGCUUACCCUGGCUUUGACCCUUUUACUUACGGCUAUUAUGGAUAUGAUUACUACGGAAGCGCAGCAGCAGCUGCUGCUGCAACGGGUUAUGGGGCAUAUACCAAUCUAGCUGCUAAUCAGUUUUGUGGAGUAAUUAAUCCCAACAAAGUAAAUCAAAGUAUCCGUACUCCUGCUGCAGCACCAGGAGCUGCCACACGUAUGAUUGGUAGUGGCACGACUGGAACAAUUGGUGCGAACUCCCAUCAAACCCAAUCUCACACACAUCUAAAUUACACAAACUUACUUACUUCCCAGCUAGAUCCACACCAUACAACGAUGUCCGCUGGCCUAGAUUUCUCUGUAGCACAUCCUCAACCCGGUCAAGGCAUGGUUGCUGGAUCAGGUGCUACCCGGUUUUCCCAUCCUCAAUAA